AUGCGAAUCGGCCACAAAGCCUUGGCCAGCUUACUCUUCCUUUGCGUUCUUGCUGCAAAUGAUGAGAGUCGGCAGCUGCAGACCGGGGAAGCGGCGGAGGCUGAGCGCGAAUCGGAGUCGGACGUGCAGGAGCUCCCGGGUGGGCUGCAAUUGCGAGAGGCACUCCCAGAAGGCGGCAUCCCCAUCCGAGUCAUUCCCGACUGGGAUCUUUUCCUCGGGUUCGAGGACCGCGCGAAGCUAAUACGUGGGAAGCUGACUCUUUCCAUGUUCUAUUUUCCGGAGGCCCUGAACUAUGUCUCCGAUCCUCAGAAGAUUGUCAGCGUGGACAACUUCGGCGCCGGCGACAGAUACCUCCAGGGGCGCGUGAGCCUCGUGGAUCCGGCUUCUAACAAGGACGGCUUUGCCACGAGUAACAUCUAUGUGGGGGACUUCUCGCAGUCACAGUCAAACUUUGACCACAGCUGCUAUCCCUUCGACGACAAAAAAGUGAGAUUCGAGAUCAGCAUCCAAAAGCCGGGAAAUUACAUCUUCCACCUGGAACUGAUGUGCCCGAAAGAACGGCUCAGCGAGAUGUACCUCGACGAGAAGAACAACUCGCGGGUCCGCAAGUGCACCGGCGAAGCUGCAGGAUCCUAUGUCGGUUUCGACUGGGGCAACUUCAGCUGUGAGCGUAUAAGUCAGCAGGUCAUCAUGUGCAGCAUUGUGGGCACCAGGCAGUGGGAAAGUAUCUUCAAGGGACACAUCUGGCCCUCUUUUAUCUUCAGUGCCAUGGGAUUUCUGUCCUUCGCUCUGAGUGUGAAGAUGUCGAUGCCCCGGGUGGCCACCACGAUGCUGGCGCUGGUAUCCCUCACUUCUCUUCGGAACUCGGUGAUGGACAAGCUGCCGGUGUCUGGAAACACCAGCUGGCUAGAGGAAUACUUUUUGGUCUCCAUGACCUUCAUGCUGCUGAACCUUUGUGGUCAUGCAUUUUCUUUCUAUUUGGACGGGAAAGGCAAGACGGUGGCACAGAAGAUGGUUAACAAGAUCAACUUUUACGGCAUGAUCACCAUCGCCUUCUUCGUCUCGAUGGCGCGUCUUCACGAGCGCAACUGCCCGCUGGUGGAUCGAACUUUGAGCAUUUUCCUGGUUGUGCUGGGAGCGCUUCUCGUGAUCAUUUCCUUUGCGGUCAUCGGAUGGAUCUACCGAGACGCCCGUCAUGAGGCUGUGCCGAUCCUGCGGUCUAUGCUCAGCUUCAAGUCAGCGAAGAGCACUGAGUUUGACGCUUGA